AUGCCUUCGCCGUCGGACCAGGAGCCCGAGUCGCCUUCCCUGGCAAAGGGGGCGUCUCUGGACGCAGGGCCGCCUGCCAGUGAGGGGACAACUCGACAGAGGGUGAGGCCCCAUCCGCCCGCUGUUUCUUUCGCGGAGCCGGUGAGCUUUGGCCCUGCGCCCUCCUCCCAGGCUUCAAAAGCUUCCACACAGAGCGGCAGUUCCUCUUCUUUCUCUUCGUCCGGUUCUUCACACCACGCGGCGCCUGCUGACGGCGGGGAAGCCACGCCGGCGCGUCCUGGAGACUUCUUUCCGAAGCGAAAAGAGCAAGUGAAAGAUACAAUUUUCUGUUCUCACGGGGAAGAGGACGACGAAGACCGGGCCGAUCAAGGACAAAGCUCCACAACGAAAAGACCGCCUCGAGUGGUUCUGGAGGAGGCGCUAGAAGAGAAACUCGCGACGCUGGCCUCAAGCGCCUGUCUCGACGAGCUUGUCGCAAUUUCCUUCAAUGAAAAAACAUGUUCGCUUUCUCUUGUCGAAGCGUUUCCGUUUGAGGGAGGUUCGCUACAUGCGCGAUUUGAACGCCUCGGAAAGCUCGCCUGUCCGGACUCUCCGCGUAUUUUUCUUCUUCGGCUCGACGUCGAAUCGAAUUCCCCUGAAUGGGCAGUCAUCUCGUGGACGCCUGCCGCGGUUUGCUCCCCGUGCCGAAGAACCUUUGUCGACUUUGCCGCGUGGUCUCUCCGCAGUUCUCUUCGUUUCUCGCGUCCGGUGAAAGAGUACUACGCGGGCAAACCGGCGCUGCUGGACCUGGAAGCCUUUCGGCGAGCUCAGCGUCAGGUCUGCCGCGUGCACGUGCGGCGGUCGCGCGUCGAAGACGCAUUUCUCGCGGAAGAUCACAUCCGAGUGCCUCGUUUGUCCACCCUUGAGACUGAUCCAGAAGGAUCGCCUGUGCCGCCAGAUAUCCCUCUGGAAGUCGAUGAGUCGUUCAGUGAGCGCCUCGAGGAGUUCCGAAAGGGCGAAGUCGCCUGUCUUGAAAUCUUCAUUGACGACGAAGAUUCCACGCUUUUCGCCCUACCCUGCAUCCAUGAUACUCCGGCGUUACUUCAGCAGCACGUGACCGACGGGCGCCCGCGCUACUUCCUCCUUCGCUACGAAGACAAGGACGUGUUCAUCUUCUUCUGCAUCGACUCGGACAAUCGACGAGACUGCGUGCUGUACGCGGCGUGUAAGCACCGCGUUUGGAACCUGUUUCUCAAGUUCGGCGUUCAAGUCUCGCGCCGCUACGAAAUUCGCUCCGCCGCCGAGGUUUCCCGAGUUCUGAAUGGAACGGGAACUCUGGACAGUCCAGUUGCAUCGCAGAGCUUCAGCUCGGACUCGGCGGCAGGCAGCCGGUCGAUGUUUGUGGGAACAGGCGAGCAUCCCGCGGAACUGGCGAAGGAAAACGGCCUCGUUCUCCUCGCGAUGCUGCCCGCCAAGGCGCCUCCGCCCGGCGACGGCUGGAUGCAGACUGACAUCAUUCCCGCGGCGCAAGACACUCUGGAAGCUUGGCAAGAGUGUGCGGGUCUCCCGAACAAUGUGGAAAACGCGGAGUAG